AUGAGUGAACUCCUGCUCGACCACGGUGCCAACGUCAAUGCAACCGACAAGGAGCUUUGGACGCCGCUACAUGCUGCAGCUACGUGCGGACACAAAGAUCUUUGCGAUCUCCUUAUCAAGCGUGGUGCAGACCUUUUGGCAUUAAAUAUAGACGGGAAUAUGCCCUACGAUCUGUGUGAAGAUGACGACACGCUGAUGCUCGUGGAGUCGCAAAUGGCAGCUCGAGGUGACUAUUCUGUUUUGUCCGUAUAUGCAGCAUUAAUAAGUUUUUUUCGAAUUACUUCGGUGAACUUCGAGUCGGUGAAUGACCUUUACUUAGGCUAA